AACCGAAUUUUUCGUCAACCGAACGCACGUCUUGUACGUCGUAAGACCCCUCGCUGUAGGUCACUAGAAAAGUAGAAAGUAAAAAUCACAGACCAAAAGGACGGACGUAAGUACGAUACGUUAUAGUUGUCUAUAAGUUCACAUUCUCACAUUCCCCGCAAUUAAAAUCGGCCAGUCCUCGUUCAUUAUAUUGCCCGAUCGUACACGGCGAGUGUAUAAGGUAACGGCUAUCGUACGUCAUGGACACUGGCGGCAUCGAGUUUUUGUCACAAAUUCAAGAAGGACAACUAUACAAGUACACAAACGUGGUCAAAGGCUGGCAACACAGGUGGUUUAUAGUGGACCCAAGAGAAGGAACUCUAAGCUAUUUUUUGAGUGAAAAUGAUACAAAGCAACAACCACGAGGAUUUAUUUUUUUGGAAUCUGCUGUCGUAUCUCCAAGUGAUGAGGAUUCAAAUACAUUUUCUGUGAACUCUUGGAAUGGUGAAUGUUAUAAGCUAAGAGCUGUUGAUGCACGAGCUAGACAAGACUGGGUGAAUCGUUUGAGAGCUGCUGCAGAGUAUCAUUCCCAAAAAAAUGUACAAAAAUUUUCAAGAACAAAUUAUGUGUAUGAUUUUUGCCCAAGUGGUGUUAAAAGAUCAUUGGCCAAUGCACGACAAUAUUUAUCUCAGGCUGAAAACAAUUUUAUUGACAUGGCUCGUAUCAUAGAGAAGUUACCAUCUCAAGGUCCACGUUUAAGGAAUACUGAUCCAGACUUGUUAAUAAUAAAAGCAACAUCACAGUCAAUGAUGUGCGCAUUAGAAAACUGUUAUAAGAUUCUACAACAUUCGAGCAUAGAACAACCAAUCAUUCGAACUUAUUCAUUUUUGAAUUCAAAACAGUCUUCCUCAACUACACAUUCAAAAAGAAAAGCACAUACAACAAGUACUUAACUAAUAAGUAAUAAAUUAACAUCAUGUUUCUCUCUUAACUUUAUACCGUGAUUUAUGUAUAUUCCAUUGAUUAUAUUUAUAAUAGUUAUUUGUAUUGAAUUUUUAAAAAUGUAUUGUUGUUUAUGGAUAUUUUUUUUAUUUUUAUGUACCUAAAUUGUAUUAUUGUUUUCAAUUUUAAUCGUUCACAAAUUUGUCGUAAGUUUUUUUAAUUCUAGAGACAGGGGGUAUAAUAGUCUAUAAUCUAUUAUAUUUAAGAACGAACCACUCCACUGACUAAAAUAAUGACUGUCGGCCUAUCACAGAACACAUAACCAUCAGGUUCAUUCUUAAAUAGAAUAGAGUAUAGUUACUGAAAUCUCAAUAAAAUGAAUCAAAACUAGAAGGCCUAUGGUUUAAAUAAAUAUAACUAUAUGUUGAUAAUAUAUUAUUAAGAAUUAUUAAGCUGGACUUGACCGAGCGGUUCAUUUUGUACAUUACAUUCCAGUUUUUCAUACUAAAAAUGUAUAUUAUGUAGACUAUUUUACUGUAUGAUCCUAAGCUAUAAUGUUUUUAUACUUUCAGUGGAACUAUUACUUUUAGUGUUUGUCAUUAUAUUAUUUAGUUAAAUCAUCCAUUUAUUUAUAUUAUCAUUUAAUCCCUCCAUAGAAGUUACUUAUUGAUUUAAUAAUGAUGUUUUUUUUUUUUUUUUUGUGUGAAACUAAGGGUUUUUUGAGAAUUUAUCAACUAUUUAUAUAUCACAUAAUUUUAUUGAUAACAAAUUUAGGAUUAGUAUAACAAUUUUUAUCAUUUUUAUGGGAACACUGAAAUCACAAUGUAUUAAUUAUUAAAUAGUAAGAACUGAAAUAUUCUGAUCACAAAUAUUGGUUAAUAUAAAUAAAAAAAUAAAAAUGUAUCAUAUGAUUAAUGUAUAAAUCAGUUGUUAUACCGUAGUGUAAAUUUUGAUGUUAAGAAAAUAUGGCCUGAAGUGAAGUCACUAAAUUUGCAAAGGUUUUUCAAACAAAAACAGAUGAAUAUUUACAAUGCAAUGAACAUGAUAAUUAAAAUUUUGAUUUCUGCUUUAAGUCUUUAACCUGGCACUGUGGAGACUUUGCGUGUAUGUACUA